CGCAGCACUAUGGACGACUUUCGAGUGCUGUGGAUGCGCGAUCGCGUGUACGCUGCCUUUGGCCUCUCCGACCCCCAGCUUUUCGAGGAACUGCUGAGCCGCGAUGAGGGCGAGGUGGAGGACCUCAUCCUGCACUUCCUCAACUGCAGGAGCGACGAAGAGGGCGCCUCCGCGCUCUUCUUCUACCGCACCGCUGUGCCUGAGGAGGUGGAGAUGGAGAUCGACAGCGAACUGUCUGUCCAGUCCCAAGAGGAGAAUGACAAGGAAGACCCUGCCUACCAGAAAACCGAGGUCCCGGCUAGGAGUUUGCAGCUGAGAAGUGACUCCACGGCACCUUCGGUUCUCGGCACGGAGGACGAGAACCCGAAUGGAGAGGCCUCAGACAUCCCAGCCACCCGCAGGCUGGUGAAGCGUGUUGUGGACAAGCUGUACCUCCAGGUGCUCUGCACCCCAGUUCCUGAGGAGUUUCUGGGCCGGAAUGUGGUGUUCUUUCUCAGGAACACGGCAGAGACCGUCUCGGAGCCGAGCGACAUGGUGGAGGCCAUGGAGAUCAUGCCCGAGAUUCUGGAGUACGGGGUCCUCAGCGCCCACUUGCUACGCUACCUGAAGGAUGUCGUGUGCCAGGUGUUCCUGCCAGCACUGUCCUUCAAUCAGCACAAGGUGGACUCAGGCCCUGGCUCGGAGCUGCCUGAGUUUUCCGAGUACGAGGUGGACCUGCCCAGGGUGCCGGGGGAGGCCUUGGAGUACCACAGCGUGCAGAUGCUCCGCGACGAGUUCCUCAUGAGCAUCCAGAAGUUCUCCAGCAACAUCCAGAGGAUCAUGCAGCAGCUCGAAGGGGAGAUCAAGCUGGAGAUGCCAGCCAUCAGCGUGGAGGGGGACGUGGCGGCCCUGGCGGGCGACCCGGACACGCUCGAGGCCCUGGAGCAGUGCGUGAUAAACUGGCUCAGUCAGAUCUCGGCGGCCUUGGAGGGGCAGCUCAAGAAGACCCCCCAGGGCAAUGGGCCCCUGGCCGAGAUUGAGUUCUGGCGGGAGAGAAACGCCACCUUAAGUGCGCUGCACGAACAAACGAAGCUGCCGGUGGUCAGGAAGGCCCUGGACGUGAUCAGGGCAGCGGACUCCAUGCUGGUGGCCAACGUGCAGCCCGUCCUGACCGAGCUCUUCAAGCUGCACAUGGAGGCCUCCGACAACGUGCGCUUCCUGUCCACCGUGGAGCGACACUUCAAGAACAUCACGCACGGCUCCAGCUUCCACGUGGUCCUGGACACCAUCCCGUCCAUGAUGUGCGCCCUGCGCAUGGUGUGGAUCAUCUCCCGGCACUACAACAAGGACGAGCGCAUGAUCCCGCUCAUGGAGCGCGUGGCCUGGGAGAUCGCCGAGCGCGUCUGCCGCGUGGUCAACCUGCGCACGCUAUUCAGGGAGAACCGUGCAAGCGCUCAGCACAAGACCCUGGAGGCCAAGAACACGCUGAAGCUGUGGAAGAAGGCCUACUUCGACACACGGGCCAAGAUUGAGGCCUCCGGCCGGGAGGCCCGCUGGGAGUUUGACCGGAAGCGGCUGUUUGAGAGGACGGACUACAUGGCCUCCAUCUGCCAGGACCUCUACGACAUUCUGCAGGUUAUAGAGGAAUUUUACAACAUAUUCGGUCCGGAGCUGAAGGCAGUGACGGGGGACCCCAAGCGCAUCGACGAUGUCCUGUGCCGGGUGGACAGCCUGGUCACCCCCAUGGAAAGCCUGACCUUUGACCCCUUCAACAUCAGGUCCUCGCAGUACUGGAAAUACGUGAUCGAUGACUUCAAGAUUGAAGUUCUGAUCGACGUCAUCAACAGGAUCUUUGUGCAGAACCUGGAGAAUCCCCCGCUGUGUAAGAACCACCCGCCCGUGGCGGGCGCCAUCUACUGGGAGCGCUCCCUGUUCUACCGCAUCAAGCACACCAUCCUGCGCUUCCAGGAGGUCCAGGAGAUCCUGGACAGCGAGCGGGGCCAGGAGGUAAAACAAAAAUACUUGGAGGUGGGUAGGACAAUGAGGGAUUACGAAGAUCGGAAGUACGAACAGUGGCGCGAGGCCACGGAGCAGAUCCUGCCCACGCUCAUGAAGAAGAGCCUGCUCACCAAGACAUCCGUCUCUGGGGAGGAAGCGGCCGCCCCGGACAGAGCAGCCGUGUUCACCAUCAACUUCUCCCCGGUGCUCAGAGAGAUCAUCAACGAAGCCAAGUACCUGGAGCAGCUGGGCUUCUCGGUCCCCGAGCUGGCCAGGAAUGUGGCUCUGCAGGAGGACAAGUUUCUUAGGUACACCGAGGGCAUCCAGCGCACGCUCGACCACUACCACGCGCUGAUGGGGACCCUGAGCGAGGCGGAGGCGGCGCUGCUGGACGACCAGGAGCAGGAGCUGGUGCGCGUCUUCCGCUCGGGGUACAAGCGGCUCAACUGGAACUCUCUGGGCAUCGCUGACUACAUCACACGGUGCCGCCAGGCCAUCGGGAAGUUCGAGUCCCUAGUCCACCAGAUUCAGAAGAACGCGGAUGACAUCUCCUCGAGGCUCACGUUAAUCGAGUGCAUCAAUCUCUUCAAGUGCCCAGCUACAAAAGGCGAGGACGAGCUCCCAGGCGUGAAGGAAUUCUUCGAGCACGUGGAGCGCGAGCGGGCGCGGGACGUGGAGCGCAUGGUGCGGUGGUACCUGGCCAUCGGACCGCUGCUCACCAAGGUGGAGGGGCUGGUGGCCCACACCAACACGGGCCGCGCCCCUAAACUGGCCUCCUACUACGAGUACUGGGAGGGCCGGGUCUACGACGUCCUCACCAAGCUGGUGCUGAAGAACCUGCAGUCCUUCAACGCGCUAGUCCUCGGCAGCAAGCCCCUGUUCCAGGUGGAGACCAUCCUCACCGCGCCCGAGAUCAUCCUGCACCCCAACGCCAUGGAGAUUGACAAGAUGUGUGUGCACUGCGUCCGCAGCUGCGUAGAAGUCACCAAGCACUUCGUGCGGUGGAUGCACGGCAGCUGCAUCGAGUGCCCCCCGCAGAAGGGCGAGGAGGAGGAGGUGGUCAUGCUGAGCUUCCACAGCGACGUCUCCCGGAACCCGCAGGUGACGGAGCAGGCGGUGCUGAUCCCGCAGAACGUGCACCGGCUGCUGGUGAGCCUCACGAAGUACCUACAGCGCUGGAAGCGCUACCGGCCGCUCUGGAAGCUGGACAAGGCCAUCGUGAUGGAGAAGUUCGCCUCCCGCAAGCCGCCCUGCGCCUCCUUCGACGAGAAGCUGCAGUUCUACUCGCGGAUCGCCGACGACGUGCUGCGCCACCCGCUGGUCAAGGACGAGCACUGCAUCCGGCUCCUGCUGGGGCCGCUGGCCACCACCAUGCAGGAGACGGCCAAGUCCUGGGUGAACUCGCUGGGCCGGCUGCUCAACGACUCCGCCCGCGAGGAGCUGUACAGCCUGCAGGAGGAGAUCGAGCUUUUGAACAGAAACCUCAAGAAAAGCCCCAGUACUCUUGAGGACCUCAAAUUCGUCCUCGCGACGAUCGCGGAGAUCAGAAGUAAAUCCUUAGUCAUGGAGCUGAGAUACAGGGAUGUCCAGGAGCGCUAUCGGACAAUGGCGAUCUAUCACGUCUUCCCCUCCGAUGCAGAGAGGGAGCUGGUAGACAAGAUUGAGAGCAUGUGGCUCAACCUCUUCAGUGACUCUGUGAACGUGGAGCAUGCGCUUGGGGGCAUAAAGCGAACCUUCACCGAGAUUACUCGCGGAGAAAUAAUGAACUACCGAAGGGAGAUAGACGACUUUUCAAGGCGCUUUUACAGCGAAGGCCCUGGCACAGUUGGGGAAGACCUUGAUAAAGGAGUAGAGCUGUUAAACACUUUUGAAAGGGAGAUGGCAAAACAUGAGAAAAACCGCCAGGAGCUGGCGAAUGCGGAGAAGCUCUUUGACCUCCCCAUCACGAUGUACCCGCAGCUGCUCAAAGUGCAGAAGGAGAUGGGCGGGCUGCGGAUGAUUUAUGAGCUCUACGAGGGGCUGAAGGCUGCCAAGGAGGAGUGGUCGCAGACGCUGUGGGUCAACCUGAACGUGCAGCUGCUGCAGGAGGGCGUGGACGGCUACUUAAAGGCGCUCAAGAAGCUGCCCCGGGCCGUGCGCGCCCUGUCCAUCGCCUACCAUCUGGAGAUGAAGAUGAAGGCAUUCAAGGACUCCAUCCCUCUGCUCCUCGACCUGAAGCACGAGGCGCUGAGAGACAGGCACUGGAAGGAGCUCAUGGAGAAGACGGGCGUCUUUUUUGAAAUGACUGAUACGUUCACGCUGGAGAACAUGUUUGCCAUGGAGCUCCACAAGCACACGGACAUCCUCAAUGAGAUCGUCACCGCCGCCGUGAAGGAAGUUGCCAUCGAGAAGGCCGUGAAGGAGAUCCUGGACACGUGGGAGGCCAUGAAGUUCUCGGUGGUGAAGUACUACAAGGGCACGCAGGAGCGGGGCUACAUCCUGGGCUCUGUGGACGACAUCGUCCAGUGUCUGGAUGACAAUGUGGUCAACCUGCAGAGCAUCUCGGGCAGCAGAUUCGUGGGGCCAUUUCUGCAGACCGUGCACAAGUGGGAGAAGACGCUGUCGCUCAUUGGGGAGGUCAUCGAGAGCUGGAUGCUGGUGCAGAGGAAGUGGAUGUACCUGGAGAGCAUCUUCAUCGGGGGCGACAUCCGGUCGCAGCUCCCUGACGAGGCCAAGAAGUUUGACAACAUCGACAGGGUGUUCCGAAGGAUCAUGGGCGAGACCCUGAAGGACCCGGUGAUCAAGAGGUGCUGUGAGGCCCCCAACCGCCUGGCCGACCUGCAGCACGUGGCCGAGGGGCUGGAGAAGAGCCAGAAGAGCCUCAACGACUACCUGGACUCCAAGCGCAACGCCUUCCCGCGCUUCUUCUUCAUCUCCGACGACGAGCUGCUCAGCAUCCUGGGCAGCAAGUGUGACCGGGCCGCCCGGGCCUCUGCGCUGCAGAUGUACGACAACAUAGCGCUGCUGCGGUUCAGUGACGGCGAGAGCGGGGAGAAGCUGGUGUCGGCCAUGCUCUCGGCCGAGGGGGAGGCCAUGGCCUUCCGGAAGCUGGUGCGCGCCGAGGGCCGCGUGGAGGACUGGAUGACAGCCGUGCUGCGGGAGAUGCGGAGGACCAACAGGCUCAUCACCAAGGAGGCCAUCUUCAGAUACUGCGAGGACAGGAGCAGGGUGGACUGGAUGCUGCUGUACCAGGGCAUGGUGGUGCUGGCUGCCAGCCAGGUGUGGUGGACCUGGGAGGUGGAGGACGUGUUCCGCAAGGUGCAGGCAGGCAAGAAGCAGGCCAUGAAGAGUUUCGGCCGCAAGAUGCACCAGCAGAUCGACGAGCUAGUCACACGCAUCACCACGCCACUGAGCAAGAAUGACAGGAAGAAGUACAACACGGUCCUCAUCAUUGACGUGCAUGCCAGGGACAUCGUGGACUCCUUCAUCCGCGGCAGCAUCCUUGAGGCCCGGGAGUUCGAGUGGGAAAGCCAGCUGCGGUUCUACUGGGACCGUGAGCCCGACGAGCUGAACAUCCGCCAGUGCACGGGGACCUUCGGCUAUGGCUACGAGUACAUGGGGCUCAAUGGGCGCCUGGUCAUCACGCCCCUCACUGACCGCAUCUAUCUGACGCUCACACAGGCGCUGUCCAUGUACCUGGGCGGCGCCCCAGCCGGCCCAGCAGGAACCGGCAAGACUGAGACCACCAAGGACCUGGCCAAGGCCUUGGGCCUGCUGUGUGUGGUCACCAACUGUGGCGAGGGCAUGGACUACAAGGCCGUGGGUAAGAUCUUCUCCGGCCUGGCCCAGUGCGGGGCCUGGGGCUGUUUCGAUGAGUUCAACCGCAUCGACGCGUCCGUGCUGUCGGUGAUCUCCUCGCAGAUCCAGACGAUCCGCAACGCGCUCAUCCACCAGCUCACCACCUUCCAGUUUGAAGGGCAGGAGAUCUCGCUGGACGCGCGCAUGGGCAUCUUUAUCACCAUGAACCCGGGCUACGCGGGCCGCACGGAGCUGCCUGAGUCGGUGAAGGCGCUGUUCCGGCCUGUGGUGGUCAUCGUGCCCGACCUGCAGCAGAUCUGCGAGAUUAUGCUCUUCUCUGAGGGCUUCCUGGGGGCCAAGUCGCUGGCCAAGAAGAUGACGGUGCUCUACAAGCUGGCGCGGGAGCAGCUGUCCAAGCAGCACCACUACGACUUCGGGCUCCGCGCGCUGAAGUCCGUGCUGGUCAUGGCCGGAGAGCUGAAGAGAGGCUCCUCGGAGCUGCGCGAGGAUGUGGUGCUCAUGCGGGCCCUGCGGGACAUGAACCUGCCCAAGUUCAUCUUCGAGGAUGUGCCCCUCUUCCUGGGCCUCAUCUCUGACCUGUUCCCGGGGCUGGACUGCCCGCGCGUGCGCUACCCCGACUUCAACGACGCCGUGGAGCAGGUGCUGGUGGACGGUGGCUACACGCUGCUGCCGGUGCAGGUGGACAAAGUGGUUCAGAUGUACGAGACCAUGAUGACCCGGCACACGACCAUGGUGGUGGGACCCACGGGCGGCGGCAAGUCUGUGGUCAUCAGUGCCCUGUGUCAGGCCCAGACCAAGUUGGGGCUCAUCACGAAGCUGUACGUUCUGAACCCCAAGGCCAUGAGUGUCAUAGAACUCUACGGCAUCCUGGACCCCACCACCCGGGACUGGACAGAUGGGGUGCUGUCCAACAUCUUUCGGGAGAUCAACAAGCCAACUGACAAGAAGGAGCGGAAGUAUAUUUUGUUUGAUGGUGACGUGGACGCCCUGUGGGUGGAGAACAUGAACUCCGUGAUGGACGACAACAAGCUGCUGACGCUGGCCAACGGGGAGCGCAUCCGGCUGCAGGCGCACUGCGCGCUGCUCUUUGAGGUUGGGGAUUUGCAGUACGCCUCCCCUGCGACUGUGUCUCGGUGUGGAAUGGUUUACGUGGACCCCAAAAACUUGAAAUAUCAACCAUACUGGAAAAAAUGGGUUAAUCAAAUACAAAACAAGGGGGAACAGAACGAUUUAAAUCAUCUUUUUGAGAAAUACGUGCCCUAUCUCAUCGAUGUGAUAGUGGAGGGGAUAGUGGACGGAAGGCAGGGAGAGAGGCUGAAGACCAUAGUUCCGCAGACGGACCUGAACAUGGUAACCCAGCUGACUAAGAUGCUGGACGCCCUGCUGGAGGGUGAGAUCGAGGACCCCGACCUGCUGGAGUGCUACUUCCUGGAAGCUCUGUAUUUCUCGCUUGGUGCCUCCCUGCUCGAGAACGGAAGGAUGAAGUUUGACGAAUGUGUGAAACGCCUUUCUUCUUUGUCCUCUGUCGACACCGAGGGGGUCUGGGCCAAGCCUGGGGAGUUGCCAGGCCACCUUCCGACCUUGUACGACUUUCACUUUGAUUCCAAGCGGAGCCAGUGGAUCCCGUGGGACAAGCUGGUUCCAGAGUAUGUCCACGAUCCGGAGAGGAAAUUCAUCGAUGUCCUGGUUCACACAGUGGAUACAACCCGCACAACCUGGAUCUUGGAACAAUUGGUUAAAAUUAAGCAGCCCGUUAUUUUCGUUGGCGAAUCUGGCACUUCUAAGACAGCUACUACGCAGAACUUCCUCAAAAAUCUGAACAGAGACACUACCAUUGUGCUGAUGGUCAGCUUCUCCUCCCGCACCACGUCCAUGGAUAUCCAGAGGAACCUGGAGGCCAACGUGGAAAAGCGCACGAAGGACACCUACGGCCCCCCCAUGGGGAAGCGGCUUCUGGUGUUCAUGGACGACAUGAACAUGCCCAAGGUGGAUGAAUACGGCACCCAGCAGCCCAUCGCUUUGCUGAGGCUGCUGCUCGAGAGAGGGUACCUGUACGACCGCGGGAAGGAGCUGACCUGUAAGAGCAUCCGGGACCUCGGCUUCAUCGCCGCCAUGGGCAAGGCCGGAGGGGGCCGCAAUGAGGUCGACCCGCGGUUCAUCUCCCUCUUCAAUGUCUUCAACAUGCCGUUCCCUUCUGAGGAGUCUUUGCACUUAAUCUACUUCUCUAUCCUGAAAGGCCAUACUGCGAACUUUCAUGAGAGCAUCGUGGCUGUGAGCAGCAAGCUGACCUCCUGCACUCUGGCGCUGUACAAACUCACCAUCCAGGACCUGCCACCUACCCCCUCCAAGUUCCACUACAUCUUCAACCUCCGAGAUCUCUCGCGGGUUUUCAGCGGCCUUGUCCUCACCCACCCGGAGCGGUUCCAGACCGAGGCGCAGAUGGUAAGGGUCUGGAGGAACGAGUGUCUGAGGGUUUUCCAUGACCGGCUGAUCAGCGAAGUGGACAAGCAGCUGGUGCAAGAGCACAUCCGAAACCUGGUUUCGGAACACUUCCCUGAUGACUUGGAGAUGGUGAUGAGGGACCCCAUCCUGUUUGGGGACUUCCGGACGGCUCUGCAAGAGGAGGAGCCACGCAUUUACGAGGACAUCCAGGACUACGAGGCGGCCAAGGCUCUGUUCCAGGAAAUCCUCGAGGAGUAUAAUGAAACUAACACACCAAUGAACUUGGUCCUGUUUGAUGACGCACUGGAGCACCUCACCCGCAUACACCGCAUCAUCCGCAUGGACCGUGGCCACGCGCUGCUGGUGGGCGUGGGCGGCUCUGGCAAGCAGUCCCUGGCCCGGUUGGCCGCCUUCACAGCCGGCUAUGAGGUGUUUGAGAUCAUGCUGAGCCGUGGCUACUCCGAGAACAGCUUCCGGGAAGACCUGAAGAACCUUUACCUGAAGCUUGGGAUUGAGAACAAAAUGAUGAUCUUCCUGUUCACGGACGCACAUGUGGCUGAGGAGGGCUUUCUGGAGCUCAUCAAUAACAUGCUGACCUCAGGCAUCGUCCCCGCACUGUUCCCGGAGGAGGAGAAGGAGAGUGUCCUGGGCCAGCUCAGCCAGGAGGCCUCCAAGCACGGCAUGGGCCCGGCCAAGGAGUCCGUGUGGCAGUACUUCGUGAACAAGAGUGCCAACAACCUGCACAUUGUGCUGGGCAUGUCGCCCAUCGGGGACACGCUGAGGACCCGCUGCAGGAAUUUCCCAGGCCUGGUGAAUAACACUGGUAUUGACUGGUUCAUGCCGUGGCCUCCCCAGGCACUGAACGCUGUGGCCAGGUCAUUCUUAGCUCAGUGCAAGCGACUGGAGGGCGGGCUGGACAAGCUGAAGGAGGCCACCCUGCAGCUGGACGAGCUGAACGAGAAGCUGGCCGAGCAGAAGGUCGUGCUGGCUGACAAGUCUGCCGCCUGCGAGACCCUGCUGGAGGAGAUCGUCACCAACACGGCCAUCGGUGAGCGGGGCGCGGGGGAUGCAGGCCUGUCGUUUGCGAAGCCCCCGAAGCAGGUGCAGACAGUGUGCGAGUGCAUUCUUAUCAUAAAGGGCUACCGCGAGCUCAACUGGAAGACAGCCAAGGGCAUGAUGUCUGACCCCAACUUCCUGCGCUCCCUGAUGGAGCUUGAUUUCGACUCCAUCACCCAGAGCCAAGUCAAAAAUAUCAAGGGCCUCCUGAAGACGCUCAAUACUACGAUCGAGGAGAUGGAGGUUGUCAGCAAGGCGGGGCUUGGCAUGCUGAAGUUUGUUGAGGCUGUCAUGGGCUACUGUGACGUCUUCAGGGAGAUCAAACCCAAAAGAGAUAAGGUGGCCAAGCUGGAGCGGAAUUUCUACCUAAGCAAACGGGAGCUGGAGAGGAUCCAGACAGAGCUGGCUGCCAUCCAGAGAGAACUGGAAGCAUUGGGGGCCAAGUACGAGGCCGCCAUCCUGGAGAAGCAGAAGCUGCAGGAGGAGGCGGAGAUCAUGGAGAGGCGGCUCAUCGCUGCUGACAAACUCAUCUCGGGCCUGGGGUCUGAGAACACCAGGUGGCUGAAGGACCUGGACGAACUGAUGCACCGGCGGGUAAAGCUGCUGGGCGACUGUCUGCUGUGCGCCGCCUUCCUGAGCUACGCGGGCGCUUUCACCUGGGAGUUCCGCGAUGAGAUGUUGAAGCAGGUGUGGCAGAGCAACAUGCUGGAGCACGGCAUUCCCCUGAGCCAGCCCUUCCGCCUAGAGAGCCUGCUCACAGAUGACGUCGAGAUCAGCAGGUGGGGCUCCCAGGGCCUGCCACCUGACGAGCUCUCCGUGCAGAACGGCAUCCUUACCACCAGGGCCAGCCGCUUCCCGCUCUGCAUCGACCCCCAGCAGCAGGCACUGAACUGGGUCAAGAGGAAGGAGGAGCGGAACAACCUGCGGACGGCGUCCUUCAAUGACCCCGACUUCCUCAAGCAGCUGGAGAUCUCCAUCAAGUACGGCACCCCUUUCCUGUUCCACGACGUGGAUGAGUACAUCGACCCCGUGAUCGACAACGUCCUGGAGAAGAACAUCCGGAGCACGCAGGGCCGGCAGUUCAUCAUCCUGGGUGACAAGGAGGUGGACUAUGACCCCAACUUCCGGCUGUACCUCAACACCAAGCUGGCCAACCCUAGAUACUCACCUGCUGUAUUCGGCAAGGCCAUGGUCAUCAAUUACACGGUGACUCUCAAGGGCCUGGAGGACCAGCUGCUGAGCGUGCUGGUAGCCUUUGAACGGCGGGAGCUGGAGGAGCAGCGGGAGCACCUCAUCCAGGAGACGAGUGAGAACAAGAACCUGCUCAAGGACCUGGAGGAUUCCCUGCUGCGGGAGCUGGCCACAUCCAUGGGCAACAUGCUGGACAAUGCCGAGCUAGUGCAGACGCUGGAGGACACCAAGUCCAAGGCCACAGAGGUUUCAGAGAAGCUCAAGCUGGCCGAGAGGACGGCACAGGACAUCGACCGGCUGCGGGAUGGCUACCGGCCGGCAGCCAGGAGGGGUGCCAUCCUCUUCUUUGUCCUGUCGGAGAUGGCGCUUGUGAACUCCAUGUACCAGUACUCACUCAUCGCCUUCCUGGAGGUCUUCGGGCUGUCGCUGAAGAAAUCACUGCCUGAUUCCAUCCUCAUGAAGCGCCUGCGCAACAUUAUGGACACGCUGACCUUCAACAUCUACAACUAUGGCUGCACAGGCUUGUUUGAAAAGCAUAAGCUGCUCUUCUCUUUCAACAUGACCAUCAAGAUAGAGCAAGCAGAAGGCAGAGUGCCCCAGGAGGAGCUGGAUUUCUUUCUAAAAGGAAACAUUUCCCUGGAGAAGAGCAAACGCAGGAAGCCCUGCAUGUGGCUGUCUGACCAGGGCUGGGAGGAUGUCAUUCUCCUCUCAGAGAUGUUUCCAGACAACUUUGGGCACCUUCCUGAUGAUGUUGAGAAUCAGCCUCUUGUCUGGCAGGAGUGGUAUGACCUGGAUUCACUGGAGCAGUUUCCGUUCCCCUUGGGGUAUGAUAAAAACAUCACCCCUUUCCAGAAGUUGCUUAUUUUGCGCUGUUUCCGUGUGGAUCGAGUCUAUCGGGCGGUGACUGACUACGUGACCAUAACCAUGGGCGAGAAGUAUGUGCAGCCCCCGAUGAUCAGCUUUGAAAGCAUUUUCGAGCAGAGCACCCCGAACUCACCCAUCGUGUUUAUCCUGAGUCCCGGCUCCGACCCGGCCAGCGACCUCAUGAAACUUGCCGAGCGGAGUGGCUUUGGAGGAAACCGCCUCAAAUUCCUUGCCAUGGGUCAAGGUCAAGAAAGGGUGGCCCUGCAGCUGCUGGAGACAGCAGUGGCCCGUGGGCAGUGGCUCAUGCUGCAGAACUGUCACCUCCUGGUGAGGUGGCUGAAGGACCUGGAGAAGUCCCUGGUGAAGAUCACCAAGCCCCAUCCCGACUUUCGCCUGUGGCUUACCACGGACCCCACCAAGGGCUUCCCCAUUGGGAUCCUGCAGAAGUCCCUGAAGGUUGUCACGGAGCCGCCCAAUGGGCUCAAGCUGAACAUGCGCGCCACGUACUUCAAGAUCUCCCCUGAGAUGCUGGAGCAGUGCCCGCACCCCGCCUUCAAGCCUCUGGUCUACGUGCUGGCCUUUUUCCAUGCUGUAGUGCAAGAGAGGAGGAAGUUCGGCAAGAUUGGCUGGAAUGUUUACUACGACUUCAAUGAGUCUGACUUCCAGGUCUGCAUGGAGAUUCUGAGCACAUACUUAACGAAAGCUUUCCAGCAACGUGACCCUCGGAUCCCCUGGGGCAGCCUCAAGUACCUGAUCGGAGAGGUCAUGUAUGGAGGCCGCGCCAUUGACAGCUUCGACCGCCGCAUCCUGACCACCUACAUGGACGAGUACCUGGGAGACUUCCUUUUUGAUACCUUCCAGCCGUUCCACUUCUUCCAGAACAAGGAGGUAGACUACAGAAUCCCUGCCGGGGACGUCAAGGACAAAUUUGUCGAAGCCAUUGAGGCCCUCCCGCUGGCCAACACACCCGAGGUGUUCGGCCUCCACUCCAACGCUGAGAUUGGCUACUACACGCAGGCGGCCCGGGACGUGUGGGCCCACCUGCUGGAGCUGCAGCCACAGACCGGGGAAUCGAGCAGUGGAAUCAGCCGUGACGAUUACAUUGGCCAAGUGGCCAAGGACAUAGAAAACAAGAUGCCCAAGGUCUUUGACUUGGACCAGGUCCGGAAGCACUUGGGCGUGGGCCUUUCGCCCACCUCUGUGGUGCUACUGCAGGAGCUGGGGCGUUUCAACAAGCUCGUGGUGCGCAUGAGCAAGUCGCUGGCCGAGCUGCAGAGGGCCUUGGCUGGGGAAGUUGGCAUGAGCAGCGAGCUGGAUGAUGUAGCCAGGUCUCUCUUCCUGGGGCUGAUCCCUAACAUCUGGAGAAAGCUGGCCCCGGACACCUUGAAGUCCCUGGGAAACUGGAUGGUCUACUUGCUGCGGCGGUUCAGCCAGUACACAUUGUGGGUCACUGAGAGCGAGCCCAGUGUCAUGUGGCUCUCGGGGCUGCACAUCCCAGAAUCCUACCUCACUGCGCUAGUGCAGGCCACCUGCCGGAAGAAUGGCUGGCCGCUGGACAGGUCCACCUUGUUCACGCAGGUGACCAAGUUCCAAGAUGCAGAUGAAGUGAACGAGCGGGCGGGACAAGGGUGCUUUGUCUCAGGACUGUACCUGGAAGGUGCUGACUGGGACAUCGAGAGAGGCUGUCUGGUCAAGAGCAAGCCCAAGGUGCUGGUGGUGGACCUGCCCAUCCUGAAGAUCAUCCCCAUCGAAGCCCACCGCCUGAAGCUACAGAACACCUUCCGGACGCCUGUCUACACCACGUCCCUGCGCAGGAAUGCCAUGGGGAUUGGCUUGGUCUUCGAGGCCGACCUCUUCACCACCAAGCACAUCUCUCACUGGGUGCUCCAGGGCGUGUGCCUCACCCUGAAUUCUGACUGACCUGAUUGGCAAAGAAACUGCAAGCAGCAGUGCUGGGGCCCGGGCGGAUGCAACUGUGCCCCGGGGGCCUUCGAGCUACACCAGCCUCUCUUUCACUGGAAGUUGGUCCUUUAACUCCCCUUGCAUUAAAUGAAGCCAAAUGGUUGUUUUAA